GCGGCACCGUAUUCUUCAGUCCAACCUGCGCCUGCAAACCAAGCAAACCGUGAAUUACGGAGAGAUGGCAAGAAAAUCUGAAGUCCCGUCUGCAUAUUAUGGUGAACCUCGCAAGUUUGACCCAACAUUUAGAGGGCCAGUUCAUAAAAGAGGCUGCACGGAUGUGUUGUGCUGUGUGCUCUUCAUCAUUGUCAUCCUUGGCUACAUCGCAUUGGGCACUGUGGCAUGGAUGCAUGGGGACCCAAGGAAAGUCAUUUACCCUACAGACAGCACGGGUCAGUUCUGCGGGCAGAAGGGCACACCCAAUGCAAAGAAAGCCAUAUUAUUCUACUUCAACAUACUGAAAUGUGCCAGUCCUGCUGUGAUGAUAAACCUCCAGUGCCCAACUACUCAGAUGUGUGUUGUCAAGUGUCCAGAUCGAUUUGCCACUUACACAGACAUGCAGCUGAUUUAUAGAUUCAACAGGAGCCACUGGGAGUACUAUAAGCAGUUCUGCAAACCAGGCUUCAAUAACCCAAAAAAGCCCGUGGCACAAGUGCUGCGAGAUGAGGACUGUCCAUCAAUGAUAGUGCCAAGCCGACCAUUUUUACAGCGCUGCUUCCCAGACUUCAUCACCAGAAAUGGUACACUAACAGUUGCUAACAAAACGGCUUUCAAAGAUGCCCUGGACACAGCCAGAAGUGUGACUGAACUUAGAGAUGCAGCCAAUGGUAUUACAGGAAUCCUUGAAGCCAAAGAAGUGGGAAUGAAGAUCAUAGAGGAUUAUGCCAGCUCUUGGUACUGGAUAGUGAUAGGGCUGUUCAUAGCACUGGUCAUCAGCCUGCUCUUCAUCCUGCUGCUGCGUUUUACUGCUGGCUUCCUCCUUUGGUUCAUCAUCAUCGCUGUUAUCCUGCUUGUGGCCUACGGUAUCUGGCACUGUUUCUGGGAGUUCACAGUUCUCAGGGAGACCCCCGGAGCAGAUGUCACUAUCUCUGACAUUGGCUUCCAGACUGACCUCCACGUUUACUUACAUCUCAGCCAGACAUGGCUAGUCUUCAUGGUGACUCUGGGUUUGACGGAAGUCUCUAUAGUCUUAAUGCUUGUUUUCCUGAGAAAACGGGUUCGCAUUGCUAUUGCUCUGCUCAAAGAGGGCAGCAAGGCCACCAGUUACAUCAUGUCCUCUCUUUUCUACCCCAUCAUCACCUUUGUGCUGCUGGCCAUCUGUAUCUCCUACUGGGCCAUGACUGCAGUCUUUCUUGCAUCUUCUGGUGAUGCUGUUUACAAAGUCACAUCACCUCAUCCCAACUGCAGGUACACCAAUCUGACCUGCAAUCCUGAGAAUUUCAACAGAACUAACAUCACAAAGCAGUGUCCAGGUGCUCAGUGUCUUUUUGCCUUUUACGGUGGUGAGAGCGUGUACCAUCGCUACAUCUUCAUCCUCCAGCUUUGUAAUCUGUUGGUCUUCCUCUGGCUGGUUAACUUCAGUAUUGCUCUUGGACAGUGCACCAUCGCUGGGGCUUUUGCCUCCUAUUACUGGGCCAAGAGGAAACCUGCAGACAUCCCCCCCUGCCCAGUGUUCUCCUCUUUUGCCAGGGCCAUAAGGUAUCACACAGGGUCUCUUGCUUUUGGCUCACUCAUUUUAGCUGUGGUUCAACUCAUUCGUGUCGUUCUGGAGUACCUGGACCACAAACUUAAAGGAGCUCACAAUGUGCUUGCACGUUUUCUGCUCUGCUGUCUGAAGUGCUGUUUCUGGUGUCUAGACCGAUUUAUACGCUUCAUAAACAGGAAUGCUUACAUAAUGAUUGCCAUUUAUGGAAAUAACUUUUGCACAUCAGCGCGGGAAGCAUUCUAUUUAUUGAUGAGGAAUUUAGUAAGAGUGGCAGUAUUGGACAAAGUAACAGACUUCCUGCUCUUCCUGGGGAAACUAUUGAUUGCUGGCAGUGUUGGUGUUAUUGCCUUCCUCCUCUUUACACGCAAGAUACCCAUCAUCCAAGAGGAAGCUCCGGUGUUAAAUUACUACUGCGUGCCUCUCUUGACAGUAAUAUUCGGCUCCUACUUGAUUGCACACAACUUCUUCAGUGUCUAUGCAAUGUGUGUGGACACCUUGUUCCUUUGUUUCUGCGAAGACUUAGAGAGAAAUGACGGGACACCAGCCAAGCCUUUCCUCAUGUCUCCUGGCCUAAAAAGAAUUCUGGGAAGAGCCGAACAGAGCCCCAGAAAGUCACGAGAAUAGUACUCUCCAAACCUGACACAUGAAAACAUCUGUACUCAACAUGAAUACUUAGCAUGCACUAACUUACAUAUUGGCUAAAAUGGACAAUGGCUACAAAACGUUUAGUAAAUGGAAGCUUGAAAAUUAAGGGAAGCAAUGACGAACGAGACUUUCCACCUCAAGAAAAGAGACCAAAGACUCUCUGCACUGUAACAGCCACUUAUCCAGGACACAAAGCUUUGGCCUUUCUGAUACAGACCCUACACUGCAUACUAACACGUUUGCCUAUUAAUGCUGACUGCUGCCUUAUUCUGUGACUGUUGGAGCAGUAAAAUUAAUAAUCGGUCAAUGACUGACAUGUUAAAAGAUGCCUGUGUUUGGAGUCCUUGGAGAUUUGACAUCAAUGACCAGUUAAAGAAAAAUUUAGUGAACAUGAACUUGAGAGAAGAGAACCUGGAAGAUAAUGGGAUAAGUUAUACAUGUUUGCUUUCCAGUGUCAAGGUGGAUUCGUUAGUUUUUAAAACUCCUCUCAUAUAAUUUGGGCUUGUUUUACAGCCACUGAUGAAUCCUAAUCUGAGAAUAAAAUGGCUUUGAAGUCUCCAUUGACUCAUAUACCUUGGAAGUGAAAAUAUAUGCUUCACAGUAUUAUAAAAGUACUGAUAUUGUCCUUCCCCUUUAAAACAAUAUACAUAUUGCUAUAUAUACAGAUCUGAUUCUGAUAUAUACCGUAUACAGUAUUAAGUGGUACUGUGCAAAAUUUUAGGCACAUAUAUUUCACAAAACCAUUUGUCUUCAGAUGGUUAUUUUAUAUAUUCUGCUUUUAGUGUAUCCUUAGGAAAUAUACAUUUUAGAUUUCAACAUUCCCUUUGCAAAUAAAACUGAAUGGAAGAUGAACAAGGAGCCCUACAACAGAUGUCAUGGCCAUGGAAGUGAUUGAGCCUAAAUAGACAGAAGAACUGUGGCAAGUUCUCCAAGAAGCUUGGAACAUCCUAUCUGCCAUAUAUACACAUGUAUUGAGGCAUUUGUAGUUAACAUGAUAAAAAUAAUUUUGCUCUUUGAUUUCUGCACGUGCUGGUUUUUAUUAUAUUCCACCUAUGAAUAUCAGUAUUUAUUGAUGUAGUAUUAAAAAAAAAAUUGUAAGUCUUUCAGCAUUUCAGCUAUGAUGGUGAGAUGACAAGCGAUAACAAUUAUUCUUCUAUCACAGUGGCACAAUUGCUUAUCAAAAGGAUAAAACUGGGCAGGAACGAACCCAAUCAUGUACCCUAUAUGCAUCCUGAGAGCCAUUAUAGGUAUUACACAAAUAACAACAUUCAGAUUUCUUUCAUCUUAGUGCCUGGAUUGCUUCGACUCCAUAUCACAAUCUUUUUUAGUUUAAAGAUAAGUGUACAACAUAUCACAAUGCUGUAUGAUAUAGUCUUCCAGAUCAGUUCAAAAUAAUUCUCGAUCAUAUGUUAGGAACGUUGGUCAAAGGAGUCCAACUUCAAACCACAUUUAUAAGAUCAUAUCUCUGAUACAGAGUAACUGAAAGAAAUAUUCCUCUGAAUAUGAGGCAAAUAUUCUUUUGUCAUUAUGGGUAGCACAACUCUUUCCUGGAGCUGUUCUUGUGCAGCUCUUUGUUAAAAUGUCAUGUUGAUAAUUACUGAACAUUUCUUAAAUUAUCAUGACAAAACACAGACAUUGGUUUGAUUUACUGACAUGUAAAUAAUGAACACAUCAGUGUGUGUGUGUUGUGCCAGUGUGUUUUGAAAUAGUGUAUACACAGUAGCUUUGUGCAUGUCAAGUGUUUCAGCUCAAAAUACAAACAUCAACAGAUCAAGUCUCAGGUGUUGAAGGAAUAUUCCAGGUUCUAGUUAAACUCAGUCACCGUAUUCGUGGCAUAUUGAUUACCACAAAAAAAUAAAAAUAAAGCAAAAAUCUGGGUUACAGUGAGGCACUUAGUGGAAGUGAAUGAGGCCAAUCUGUUAAUAUUAAAAUCCUCACUUUAAAAAAAAAAAAAGUAUAGCCAGAAGACUUAACAGUCUGUUGAUAAAAUCACUUACCAUCCUAUUCUAUCCCAUUAUAAGAUAUAGCCAAUUUUACAACUUCAUUGCCAUAAAGAUGUAAUUUCAACAAACCCUAAAACAACCACAAAAACAUAAGAUUUAAACUACUUGACAGCUCAAAUAAUGCAUUAUUUUUUUAACAGAGAUAAAACUAUAGGCUUCCAAUUUCUGCCUUUAAACCCUCAAAAGAUUGGCCCCAUUCACUUCCACUUUAUGUCCCUCACUGUAACCUUGAUUUUUGCUUUUAUUUAAAAGGAGGCACAAAAAGGAAAGUUGAAAUUCAUUUUUGUGAUGCCACUGAUGCGGUCAUUUGAGCUAAACUUUUGUUAUUCAACCCAGAAUAUUCCUUUAAAGAUAUUAAGCACUAUCUGAAAUCAGCAAAGGGCUUUCAAAAAUAUUUUCUUUUCUGUUUAAAGUCAUUGUGCGUGAUCUGUCUUACAGAAGGACAAUAGUUUUUAACAUUCUGCUUCCAGGAUUAAAAAGACCAGUGAGAUUUGAGAAUUUAUAGCUAGGAAGAGAAAAUAUUGCUUUGCUUUUUAAAUAUAAAGAUAUUUAGGCUCAGUUUAAAUUGCUACCGUUUUAUAAUCCUGAAUGAAAACAUUUUUGUAUGGUU